CAUACGGGUACGGGCCACAGAUAAAGGAAGCUAUUUAACCCUAAUUCUAAUUGAAAUUGAAGAAUGAAAGAAAAGAGGAUUAUGGCGAUGGAUGAUAGAGUGCGGUAGCUGAUGACGUUGCUGGAUCUGGAGAUAAUGACUCGUAGAAUGGAACUUUGGGGGAUGAAGAAGCAGGAUUGCAUUAAGGGCGUAGCUGAGAUGGAAAAGCAGGAGGAUUGUGAGAUGGAAGACCAGGAUCUCAUAACAGAGAUGGACGAUCUACAUCACAUCAACAACAACAAGAACAAGGAGCAGAUGAAGAUGAAGAUGAAUCAACAGGAGGAGGAAGAGGAAGAGCUUCAGGGCAUGUCGUUCACGUAUAAACCCAUGACAAGGUCACCCCAUCUUAUCCUUGGAAUUCCUUCGGAAGAAGAGACAUCAUGGGGUAAAAGAAAGAUGGAGAACCAGGAUCUCAUAACAGAGAUGGAGGAUCUACAUCACAUCAACAACAAGAACAAGGAGCAGAUGAAGAUGAAUCAACAGGAGGAGGAAGAGGAGGAGGAGCUUCAGGGCAUGUCGUUCACGUUUAAACCCAUGCAUUGCUUGACAAGUUGGCGCUCGUUGUCGGAAGAGUAUAAUCACGACUGUAAAGAUGAAGGAGCGAUGGUAAAUGACGAUGAGGUACGGAUGAUUAUUCCAUCGGCGCCUGUAAUGAUAGCUAAGGAAGGACGGGAGCUGGUUUCUGCACCUCCAUUCUAUCCUUACAAGCACGAACGACUCGAUAAUGGAUUUGUAUACCUUAUCAAGCAAUUGGAUGGACAAAAGGAAAAAGAUGAAGCGAUAAAGUUGAAGCUGAUUGUCAAGGCAGGGUAUGCAAUUUUUUGUUAAUGUUUUUUUGUGACUAGCUCUAGCUCUGAACUGAUUAAGUGAUUUUCAACAAAAUUAUUUUAGGUUUUUGCGAGACCGAUGCUUAUGAAAUACUAAUAGAUAGAUACAUACAUGUAUGCUUUUGUGAGUAGAUAAAUACAUUUAGUUUGUAUUUUGUGGCUUUUUCAGGUCCAUUUGUGAAAAUGAAGAACAACAGAGUGUUGCGUGGGUUGUUCAGCAACUUGUUUUUCUCAUGUUCUUGUUGGGACUAACGUUCAUUGGAGUUCUCGGAAGCUUUCUCAUGAUGACACCACAUAUGUGUUUUCAGUGAAUAACAUGGAGGACGCCUUGAAAGUAGUUUCACAAUCCAAUGAACGUUAGU